AUGUGCUACUACGAUAACUACAUCUUCCACUGCCGCGACUGGAAAUGGGGCAACUUCCGCCAACACUGCAACCGCGAAUACCGCACCGGCGAAACCUGCGGAAUGAAAAUGAUCUUCGCAACCCACCAGCUUCCCGACAAAUGUCCCUUCUGCGAGAAGAUCGAGAAGAAGAUCCGUCGCAGGGACAAGGCGAUUAGUGAUUACAAGCGUUGGGCGAUGGAGCCCGGGAAGUAUAAGGCGAGUAUGGAGAAGGCGAGGGAGGAUGUUAGGGUGUUGGAGGGCGAGAUUCAGAAGUUGCAGAGUGAGAAGGAUGCGAGGUAUUUGGCGGUGGGGAAUAGUAGGAGGAGUGCGCAGCAGAGUGUGGCGGUUUGA